AUGAUUCGGAACUCGUUGCGGCCUUUUGAGAGUCAAGUCCCAGAACCACCGCCACCGCCAGUUAUCCCACUAUCAGCCGAUCAACAACUACAAAUGAUCAAUUUAUUAGUACAAGCCGGUCAUGAACGGGAACAAGCGUUUCUUGCGUUGAAACUCGUCAACUUCAAGAGUGUCACAGCUGCCGGGGAAAUCCUCAACAAUAUCAACAAGGAUCCAAGAGUGGCUAUGAAUGAUCAACGCUUGAACGGCUUGAAUGGUCUCUUCUUUGCACCAAGCUCAUCGAUGAUCUCAUCAAUUCAAUCGACGAGCGGUUACGGGAGUCGAACGACCUCGCAAACUCUCACAUCGUCUCUUCAUCCAUAUCCAUAUCCAAGCACGAGUCAAUUUGAUGACAACGAUUCCCCUCGAUCAGCCUCUCCAUCGGGUCCAUCACUUCCAUCCACUCAACCACCACCACUUCCCCAAUCACAAGUGCGAUCUCCAUCCCCGAAUCGACACCAUAUGAAUUUAACGCCCGUUCAACAACAAGACUACCAUCGAUCACAUGCGCACAUUCAACUCCGACAAUCAUAUCCGGGCGAAGAAGCGCUGAGGACGACUCGUUCACCCCAACAAACCCCACCGAUCGGUCAUAAAGCGUUUGGUGGAACGACGAUUGUCAUUGAGAAAGAUCUACGAUCUCAUGAUUCACGGCAACGAACGGGUAUGGGAAACGGGAUUCCGAGACGACUUCCGCCUACAGAAGCGAUUCCCGUGAUUAAGACUACGCUUAGUCGACCGCCUCCAGGCACAACAAAAGUCAAUAUCAAUGUGGAGCCAUCGAAUUUGGAAUCCUCGAGAAGAGCUGCUUUUCGUCUUGACGUUAUUUCGGCUGAAGGAUGCAGCACGGUGGCUGGAGUGCCCGGUGGAAUGACUGGCGUUCAAAACAUUCUCGUGGAUCCGGAUAAACGAGAGCUUUCGUCGGCUUAUGUCAACUACGUGGACAAGCUAUUGCACCGGCAAACAAGAAUCGAUUCAAGCACCGUUGUCCCUUCAAAUGACUCAUUGAUGCUGAGAAUGGGGAGGAUAUCGCCAAAUCAACAUCAAUCAAUUCCUGGAACAUCAAGAGACACACACGGAGUACCGGAAACGAGCUCUUCAUCAGCAAACGUUCGCUCGAUUUCCCCACUUCCGCCAAGCGUUGAGCAGAGGAGAAAAACAAACACCUUCGAAUCGGUGGUGAAGCCGAUAAAACCGAAACUCUAUCGUUUCUUUAUGGAGCAACAUAUUGAGCGAGUCGUGCAAGCGCAUCGUGAGCGAAUGAGACGAACGCAGCAGUUAACGAAAGAGAUGGAAGCCGCCAAUUUGCCCGAGGUGAUGAAAGAAAAUAUGCUCAAAUUCUUGACGCAAAAAGAAAAUCGAUAUAUGCGAUUAAAACGGCAAAAAAUGAAUAAAGAAAUGUUCAAGAUGAUCAAACAUAUUGGAGUGGGAGCAUUUGGAAGGGUGACACUCGUGAAAAAGAAAGACACCGAUCAAGUGUACGCGAUGAAGAGCCUGCUGAAGAAUGAUGUCAUUUUGAAGCAACAGGCUUCUCACGUUAAAGCCGAGCGGGACAUUUUGGCUGAAGCAAACAGCCCGUGGAUCGUCAAAUUGUUCUUUUCGUUUCAAGAUGAGAGAUGCCUCUAUUUCAUUAUGGAAUACGUGCCCGGUGGUGACAUGAUGCAACUCUUGAUCAACAAAGAGAUCUUCUCCGAGAGUUUAGCGAAAUUCUACAUUGCCGAGUUGACAUGCGCCAUCGAGUACGUUCACUCGUUAAAGUUCAUUCAUCGAGAUAUCAAGCCGGAUAACAUCUUGAUCGAUCGAGAUGGGCACAUUAAAUUGACGGAUUUCGGGCUAUGUACUGGACUACGGUGGACACACGACAGAAAAUACUAUGGUCCGGACAACGAGGAUUACCCGGGUGCUCACAAUCGAAACGAUUCUCUAUCUUUACCCGAUGGUGUCAAUCAUAUCGCGAAACAGAUGAAAGUGCUCGAUGUACGACACCAACGCCAAAGCCAACGAAAUCAGGCACUUUCAGUGGUUGGCACUGGGAAUUACAUGGCACCUGAAGUGAUAAGGAAAACUGGCCAUACACAACUCUGCGAUUGGUGGUCGGUGGGCGUGAUUCUGUACGAGAUGGUGAUCGGUCGACCACCGUUUAUGUCGAUGAAAGACGAUCCAAUGGAGACACAGCAAAAGAUUAAUCAAUGGCAUCGUUUUUUGGAUCUCUCAUGUACACAACAUCUUUCAAGGGAUUGCGUUUCGAUGAUUGAAAAGCUAAUCUGUGAAGAAAGCGAUCGUCUGGGUGGGACAAAAGGGGCAGCCGAGGUGAAAGCGCACAAAUGGUUUCAGGGAAUCGAUUUCAAAACCCUUCGCCAGCAGAAAGCCGAGUUUAUCCCGCGAGUCGAACACGCCGAAGAUACGAGGAAUUUUGAUACGAUUGAGGUAAACGAGAGUCCAUUUGAGACGCUGAGCAAAGGGAAAGCUCCAAAUAAUCCAGCCUUUUUCGAGUUCACUUUUCGACACUUCUUUGACUACGAUGGACAGGGUUGUCCCAGCCUCCGUCCGCAUCCAAUCAAGCGUCCCUCAUUGGCGCCAUUGUUCGAGAAUGGACAUGCGAGUGGUGGCCCUUCAACAUCAUUCACUGCGAAUUCAAAUUCACAAGCGCGGAGCUCAACUCUUGGCUCGGUGACUCGAUCCGCCCCAUCGCAGCCAUUUCGCAGCCUCGGCGGAUUGCACAACACUCCAUUGCACGAGGAUGAGGACAGCGGCGAAUCGUUUGUUGUU